GCUGCACACCAUGGGUCUCAUCUCCUACGACGAGGUUGCCAAGCACAACAACAGCGAGUCGUGCUACGUGAUCGUGCACGGCAAGGUGUACGACGUCACCGAGUUCCUGCCCGAGCACCCGGGCGGCAGCAAGAUCAUCCUCAAGUACGCCGGCAAGGAUGCGACCGAGGAGUACGACCCUAUCCACCCGCCGGGCACGCUCGAGGAGAACCUGCCCAAGGACAAGUGCCUCGGCGAGGUCGACCCGGCGACGAUGAAGGCAGAGGCGAAGAAGGAAGAGAGCCAGGAGGAGAAGCAGAUUGCGCGCAACAAGGACGAGCUGCCGCCGCUCGACCUGUGUCUGAACCUGUACGACUUUGAGGUGGUGGCACGGAAAGUGCUCAAGGGCACGGCGUGGGCCUACUACUCGUCGGGCGCCGACGACGAGGUGACGAUGCGCGAGAACAACAACGCCUUUGGGCGCAUCUGGUUCCGCCCGCGCAUCCUGCGCGACGUGAGCAACAUCAACUACUCGACGUCGCUGCUCGGCUGCAAGAGCACGCUGCCGAUCUACAUUACCGCCACCGCGCUCGGCAAGCUCGGCCACCCCGACGGCGAGAAGAACCUGACGAUCGCUGCGGGCCGCGAGGGCAUCAUCCAGAUGAUCCCCACGCUCGCGUCGUGCUCCUUCGAGGAGAUUGUCGACGCGCGCGUGCACGACCAGCAGCCGCAGUUCUUCCAGCUCUACGUCAACAGCAACCGCGCCAUCACCGAGAAGCUCAUCCGGCGCGCCGAGGAGCGCGGCGUCAAGGGCCUCUUCGUCACUGUCGACGCGCCGCAGCUCGGCCGCCGCGAGAAGGACAUGCGCAUCAAGUUCGAGGACGUCGGCUCGCGCGUGCAGAACGACGGCAAGGACGACGUGGACCGCAGCCAGGGCGCGGCACGCGCCAUCUCCUCGUUCAUCGACCCCAGCCUCAACUGGGACGACCUCAACUGGCUGCGCUCAGUGACGCGCAUGCCCAUCGUGCUCAAGGGUGUGCAGACGUGGGAGGAUGCCGUCAAGGCGGCCGAGCUCGGCCUCUCGGGAGUUGUGCUCUCCAACCACGGCGGCCGGCAGCUCGACUUUGCGCGCAGCGGCAUCGAGGUGCUCGGCGAGGUCGUCGAGGCGCUCAAGCAGCGCGGCCUCUUCCCGAACCCGAUGUUCCAGAUCUUCGUCGACGGCGGCGUGCGCCGCGCGUCGGACGUGCUCAAGGCCGUCGCCAUGGGCGCCACGGCGUGCGGCAUUGGCCGGCCGUUCCUGUACGCCUACUCGGCGUACGGCCCCGAGGGCGUGCAGCGCGCCAUCCAGCUGCUCAAGGCCGAGAUGGAGAUGAACAUGCGGCUCAUUGGCGCGCCGACGCUCAAGGACCUCGAGCCCAACAUGGUCGACGUGCGCGCGCUGAGCACGCACGUCAACGUCGUGCCCGAGAGCAACCAGGCGCAGAUCUACGAGCGCCUCUCGACGGCCGUGGGCAUGCCCAACGAGCCGGCCAACAAGCUCUGAUCCUGUCGCCUCCGCCUGCCGCUGCUCGUCCGUUCUCUCCUCUGUCUUUGUGCCGGUCCGCAAUUCCAUCCUGUCAUCGAUCUGCCAUGUGAUGUGUUGCU